GGAACCACGAUUCCUCACGCGUCGUGUUUGGGCUAAGUUAGUCCUUCCUGAAGGUUCGGCACUGGUAAUUGCAAGUGACAAAUGUGGGUAUCAAAUACCCACCGAUGAUCUAAUACCGGGAUCGCUGCGGAUCAAACCUCUCUCGCUUGCACCUGUAGGCCUCAGAUCUCAUCUCUCCACACAGGUAGCAGCAUUCAACUCGCGGAUAAGGCAAGGGGAACGGAUACCGCACGCCUUCCCCGCCAAGCACUCCACCACCCCCGCGCUCUCAACCCUCGAUUGCCAAUCCAAAUGGCAUCCCCAGAGACCUGCAUAUCCUGCCACGAGGCCCUCACCAUUCCGGACGAAGACCACCCUGAGGAACCCGGCCUCGUCGACGAUGUGGAAUUACGCUGCGGGCAUCAUUAUCACUGGUAUCACCUAUCCCGCCCGCUCACGCUCACCUUCAGAAACGAAGGAAGGGGACUAACGGUGACACAACAGGUCCUGCUUCGCAGGGGAAUACUCCGCAGACGGUGCCACGCCCGCGACCAAAUCGCAGUGCCCGGCUUGCACGCAAGACAUAACCACAAAUGGAAAACUCCUGGUCACCUUACGGAAUGAGGGUGGCGAGCAGCCGAAUACUGAUAUCGGAACGCUACUCGAGGAAGAGGAGUUUUAUGAUCGGAAUCCGGAGAUGAAGGAAGUUAGGGCUUUUCUCGAGUUUUGUGCUGAGGGUAUGAUACCUCCCACCGCAGGCCUGUGGUUUUCUUUCCGUCUUUUCCCUAGCUAAUGAGGAUAGGUGAUGAGGAAGACGUCCGGGAGAUGCUCGCGGCAACCCCAGAACUUGUCAGUCGACAGGAUCACGAGACGGGACAGACGGGAUUGCACGUUGCUGUUAUGAACGGGCGGGAGGCGAUUGUCGGGAUUUUAUUCGAACACCAUGUUGAUCGGCAUGUUACGGAUGCGGCGGGGAAGACGGCGUAUCAGCUUGCAGUUGAUAUGGGGGCUACAGAAGAGCAGCUGGGGGUGCUUUGUGGUCCAUGAUUUCGGAGGGGGGGUAUGUGUAUUGGGAGAAUUGAAUCGGUGCGGUUGGUGGGAUCUUUGGCGCGGAGCCCUAUCUGCUAACGCCAUUCCAUGCGGCCAACCCUAACUUGGGGGGCAAAAUUCAUCUCUCGCGAGCAGAAUUUUUAAAAUUCCGACACCCUAUCCACUUCCUAUAAACAGCCAUCACUGGGAACGGGUGAAUGUCUUUCAAUAUCGAGUGAUUUCUUGUGAACACUGUUUAGGUACAAAGAGAUAAUAAAAAAAAGUUAUAGUAAAAGGGGGGAUAAUUUGAAAAUAAGCCACACCGCCAGCGCAGCGCAGGGGCUGCAGGUGAGGUGUAUGGAUGAUAGUGCGGCUCU